UUAAGACCCCGCGGGUAGAUAGACUCAUGUAAUUUGGUUGGCAUCUCGAUCUACGUCACAAAUGACUGGACCCGGGCCUUUCAAUUCACGGCCAUUUUUCCAAAGGUUGACCAAAAUAACACAAUAUUACAGAUUUUUCGCGCGAACUCGUGUUUUAUAUUGUCCAUACGAACCACAUACCAUUUGGAAGAAGAAAAUGAAAAGAACUGACAAAGUCUAUCAACUUUGAAAGGUUAUAUGGACUUUAAGCAAUUUGUGGGGAAAAAACGUCAAAUGAAAUAAGACUUAUUUUGCCUUUAAAUAGAUGGUUAUUCAUUAUUUGCAUAUAAAAUGCGUUUUGGAGCAAAAUUACCUUUCAUGCUGCUUUUCCUAUUCGGUAAACGGAACCAUGUAGAGUCUAGGCUACUUUUUGGAUUAAUAAAUAUUUCACUAUUGAUACUUUAAAAUGAUUAUGCACAUCCUUUGUUCUUUGAAAAAUGCAAUUUGUAGCCACUUGCAUUCAUAAAUUAGACGCUUAGAGUCGCCGUCAGUCAUGGCGGACACAAGUUGGAAAGGUUUCUUGUGCAAUACUAGCUUACACGGUGCUCGCUACCUUACAGAGAAUAACUUCCUCCGAAGAGCUUUCUGGUUGUUUGUGGUUUUAGCGGGGUUUGCUGGCUUUUUUUACCAGUCUUUUCUUUCGAUUACUUCGUUUUACAGUUGGCCCGUAUCAACUGUGAUGAUGACGGAAUGGCACAAAGAGAUGAACUUUCCAGCAGUUACAAUAUGCAACUUCAACCCUAUCAGCAAGUCAAGGUAUGCUCAAAAUUAUGGGAAUCUUUUCAAUUUAUCAACUCAAGAUUCGAAUAAUAUAAUAAAUGGAAUCAUCUUCCUAAUGUCAGCCCCGCGGGAUAGUUCUCAAAAAUCGAAGUUUUCACAAUUUUCGCUAGAAAACUACACACAAAGAGGGCCUAUGCUGGGUAAGUCCUUGCGUUCGUACGCACAUUCCAUCGAUGGGAUUCUCUCGCUAAAAUGGCUAGAACCUUGCAAAUACAGCGGCAAAGAGUGUGGCAAGAAUAGCUUCUCUACAUUUGAACACCUUCGAUAUGGAUCUUGCCAUACGUUCAAUUCGGAUGGCCAGUUUGGGCUAAAAGUAGACAGUAUUGGGCCAAUCAGUGGAUUGCAAUUGCGUUUAAAUGUCGAGGAGAAAGACCAUGUCAGUAAUUUAUAUGGACUUCAAGCGGGCUUCAAAGUUCUUGUUCACGACCCUCGAGAACACCCGAUGAUAGAGGAGACCGGAUUUGCCUUACAGCCGGGAACGCAUACAUUCUGCUCAGUCAGGAUGAAGAAGUACGUCAACCUGAAGGCACCAUAUCGCACCGAAUGCGGAGAGAACAUUACUGACUUCAACCGAUACUUCAAUGUGAACUAUACCAUGGCAAUCUGUAGCAAGCAGUGUCUCCAUGACUACGGGAUAAAAAAAUGCGGCUGCCAGCCAAUCUUUGAAAUCACAAAGGAUGUGCCACUCUGCUCUUUAAACGACACAUUUGAGUGCAUCUACCCAACAUAUAAUGGGCCCUAUCCACGGGAGGCGGCAGAAUGCUUCAAAAAGUCAUGCCCUGUACCGUGUUACUACACCAAGUACGAGACCAAGCUUUCUUACGCGUCGGCUAUAAGUAACGCCAUCGCAAGAGACAUUCCAACAUACCUACUACCAAAUGGAAGCGAGUUUGACGACAUAGAAAAGAUGAAAGAGGGGGAACGAAAAACGUUUUUCAGGGAAAAUGUUGCCUCACUUGACGUCUACUUCGAGGAGCUCAGUUAUGACUUGAUUGAGCAGAAACCCUCGUUUGACAGAUGGUCGCUUAUAGCGAUGAUCGGAGGUUACCUCGGUCUGUUCCUGGGUAUGAGUCUGCUAACAGUCCUGGAGUUCUUUGAUCUUCUUGUGAUGAAGUUUCUCAACAGGAUUUCUUCCAAUAAGAAGGGUGUCAACACCGUUACAGUAGAACCGCAAGAAUCACAGAAUGCGUUUGCUUUUAAACAAGGACCUACGGUAUAAAAGUCGCGCGCGUCUGUCACGCAGGAAUAAGUUGAACAUGUAGUGAAGACAUAUUUAGCAUCUAGAAAUUAUAUACCGAUCGGCUGUCAGCAUAUUGAAGUCCACGGAACAAAAAGCAUUUUGUUUAGUUAACCUAUUGCGUUUGACAGGCAAAUAUAAAACGCUCGCAUGGAAAUUGCUUAGUCAAGCAGUUCAUAUUUUUAGCAGAUUGAACUUUUGCUUUGGAAACUUAUAGGCGUACCGCUUUUCAAGUGGUACUGGAGAACAGAGUUUUGAGCAUUUGCUUUAGUCCUGUAUCCGUUAACUACAUAAGGAAAGUUAAGUCUGAGUUCACACAAGGUUUACCCUAAGAGUUUGAGUGCAAAAAUGAUUAGAAUGCUGUAAAUCAUAUUAAUCACGUGUGUAGCUUGCCAUGCGCACUAGCACAGCUAGCAGUUAUUGUGUGACAACCGUAGUCAGUAGCAACAUGUAAACAUUACGUGAGUCACGGUAGCCCAAGGGUAACAAACCGACACACCCAUGGGUGGUAAAUCAUUCCUCGAACGCCCAUUGGCUGAAGCCUUAUCUAAACAUAGCUUACAGCUUUCCAUGGGUGUCAGUGUCGGAUUACCUAAGGGACGACGUCUUAGGAGCAUAUAAAUAUGGGUACGUACCGAAGCCCCAUUACACUAAAUACUUGAAGAGACACUUGUAAGGCACUCUCACAAACGAACUUGAAGAAACACACAUGUGAAAACAAUUGCAAUACUCACAGUAACACUGUAUAUGUGUUACUGUAUAUAACACAUAUAUCACAUAUGACAAUAAAAAAAUCUUGUAAAGACUUUGUAACAGCGAAUAAGUAAAAACCGGUACCUCCCCCAGGUAAGUGGGUCAUAGUCGUUCGGUUAAAUGUGGUUAGAGAACCAAAAAUAAUAGCGGUUACAUCAUCACGUCAUUCUCGCUAGACUUUGUCGAGUACAGAACUCCAUAAAAAGAAGCAAAAGAGAUAUGAUCAAGUUCGAAAUAAUGUCUUAAACAUCAAUAGUGCAAAGACAAUUAAUUAAUUCGACAAAGUCUAAAUCUUCAAUCUUUUCUGGUGCCUGGACAGAUAAUAGAGAAUGGAGCAAAAACGUUUUCAGGUUUCGUUAUUUUCACACGCGCGCGAAAGAACAGCGCGCGAUGUUUUUGAAUUUUACUUUCAAUUAUAAUUUUUGUCGUUGUUGCCGUAGAAAACUACUCCCAAGAAGCUCGCCGUUAUUGCCUUGUGUAUACAGAACAUUAUUUUCAACGUUGAAAUGAUCAAAGUUAAUCUACGGCUCUGCUCUUUCGAGAUUGACGGAGCUCUGCACUUGACCUGAUCUAGUGCGAAUAACGACUUGGAGCAGGCGCGCGCCUUUAUACCGCAGGUCCUCACGAUGUGGAAUCCCUGUGUAAGCACCUGCGUUUGUGUCAGCGGAUCAGUUGAGCCAUCAUUUUUUUAUUCUGUGUAAAAUUCAAUAUGGCGUCUAGCUAGACGUUUUCGCCACCGUGUUCCUAAUGACACUCGACAGCGUGUGCAGGGUAAACUGCAUUCCCAAUUACCACAUAGGAUUACCGCUGACUAAGCAUAGACGCUAACACAGGAUACCUCACGGUUAAUGAUAGUGCAGAUUAUAAAAGUACCAUUGCUCGUACUUUGUCAUUUUCUCCGCACAUUAGUUGCAUUAAUUAUAUACCGUAAAUGAUAUAAUAAACGCCCCCUAUCCAUUAAAUACCCCUCCCCCUCGGACCAUCAAAAUUCCGGUCGUUUUUUAAAUAAUUUACGGUAAUCGGAGGCUAAUAAUCCAUCGAGAAGACGUAUCUUAAAAUUAAAAAAAAAAUCAUUGCGUCAUAUGGUGGUACCCAGACACGUAUGUGUGCAUCAGCACGUAGCCAGGAUCUUUUGAGGGGAGGGCGGGGGAUGAGCAGUCUUAGGUAUCAUAUGGAAGGAGGAUCGAUUCUUCAAUAAAAAAUGACCCUCUUUUUGGCGGCCAAGGUUGAGGGGGAGGGUGUGUGGGGGUGUACGCGCACCCACGCGCCUGUGUAUAUCAUUAUCGGCGCCAACAAAAUGCAUUCAUUUUAGUAUGCAUAUUGAAAAAAAUAAGAACAGAUUGUUGUUAAUUAAAUUACCACGAGCAAGAAUAAAAACAAUAAAACUGUAAAAUACAAA